UUGAAAUAAAUUAGAAUUCGGUACUCGUGAGUCUACCAUCGCGCUACUUCGCUUCUCUCUCCCCAAAGGCGGCACACGGCGGCCUAUAAAACUGGGAGACCGUAAGCGAAGCGCCGCCUCGUUCGGGACCAAUUCGUCCAGCGAUCACCUCGCUCGAUUUGGUUCGAGAGUUUUCUCCGGUUGCUGAUCGUAAUCUAAGCGGUGUGGAAGAAGCAUCGGAACUCAACUCGAGGUUCUGAAAUCGUCUCUGUAUCCUCUAUUCAACGUCAAGAUGGUUAACUUUGGAAAGAAAUUAAUUGCAAAUCAAGUUCAAGAAUGGAAAGGAUACUAUAUUAAUUACAAGUUGAUGAAGAAGCGAGUGAGGCAGUAUGUUCAACAAACACAGCAAGGUGAAAAAAAACCGCGCCAGAUUCUCAAAGAAUUCUCACGGAUGCUAGAUGACCAGAUUGAAAAGAUUGUCCUUUUUAUGUUGGAACAACAAGGAAUUCUUGCAAGCAGGAUUGAAAAAUUGGGUGAGCAGCGCAAAUUCCUUCUGGAGCAGCCGAACAUAUCUCAGAUGUCUGAACUGCGAGAAGCUUAUAGGGCAGUUGGGCAUGAUCUUUUAAGGCUUCUUAGAUUUGUUGAUCUGAACGCUACUGGCAUUCGUAAAAUAUUGAAGAAAUUUGAUAAACGCUUUGGCUAUAGAUUCACGGAUUAUUAUUUAACUACUAGAUCAAAUCAUCCUUAUUCUCAGCUACAGCAAGUCUUCAAGCACGUGGGCAUAGGGGCUGUUGUAGGAGCAUUGUCACGCAACCUUGCAGAUUUUCAAGACCGUCAAGGAAGCUACUUAUCCAUUUAUGAUCAGCCAUCUGAUGUUCCAAAGGACCCUAUUGUUGACCUGAUACAAGCAUCAGUAGAUAAGCUGACACGUUCAACGAACUUCCUUCAAUUUUUGGGACAACAUGCACUUAUUAUCCAAGAAGAUAUACCCAGUUCAGCAGAGGAUGAAAUUGAUGACCAAAGAUAUCAUUUUAUGUCUCUUCUGUUAAACUUGGCAAACACCUUCCUUUACAUGGUCAACACAUACAUCAUUGUUCCAACAGCAGAUGACUACUCAUUGAGCCUGGGAGCCGCUGCCACAGUUUGUGGUGUUAUUAUUGGGUCAAUGGCUGUUGCACAAUUGUUUUCUUCAGUGUAUUUUAGUGCAUGGUCAAAUAAAUCAUAUUUCAGGCCACUAAUAUUUAGCAGUAUUGUGCUUCUUUUGGGCAAUACUUUAUAUGCAUUGGCUUAUGAUCUUAACUCUAUAGCAGUUCUUCUUAUUGGUCGUUUGUUAUGUGGGAUGGGCUCUGCAAGGGCUGUUAAUCGUCGCUAUAUCAGUGAUUGUGUUCCUCUUAAAAUCCGGAUGAAAGCUUCUGCAGGUUUUGUUAGUGCGAGUGCUCUAGGAAUGGCUUGUGGUCCUGCUCUGGCAGGCUUGCUCCAAACUAAUUUCAAAUUUUAUGCUAUAACAAUUAAUCAAGACACUUUACCUGGUUGGGUAAUGGCAUUUACUUGGCUUAUAUAUUCAAUCUGGUUGUGGAGUUCAUUCAGAGAGCCAGUUCAUGGCACCAAAGUUAAUGAUGUCCCGCAGAAUAGUGAUGCUGCAGCAGGACAUGAAGAAAAUGAUGAACUAGAAAGUGGCCUUGUGCGCCCUUUGCUCUUAAGUUCAGAGAACAAACAAAAUGAAGAUGGAGACCAGGAUUAUGAUGAUAGUGAAGAAGCCUCUGAAGAUUCUCACAUGCCUGCAACUUCAAUUGCUUCAGCUUAUAGAUUACUUACACCAUCAGUAAAGGUCCAAUUGUUGAUAUAUUUCAUGCUCAAAUAUGCAAUGGAGAUUUUACUUUCCGAAUCAAGUGUCAUCACCACAUACUACUUUAGGUGGUCAACAAGUUCAGUGGCAAUAUUUCUGGCAGUCCUCGGCCUAACAGUACUUCCUGUUAAUGCCAUUGUUGGAACCUACAUUAGCAACAUGUUUGAAGACAGGCAAAUCUUACUAGCGUCAGAAAUUAUGGUGUUAGUAGGCAUAAUUCUAAGUUUCCACAUCUCAAGGUUGUAUACAGUGCCACAAUAUGUUUGCUCAGCACUUAUUACAUUUGUGUUUGCAGAAGUUCUUGAAGGUGUCAAUCUAUCCCUCCUGUCUCAAGUCAUGUCAUCCCGCCUUGCUCGUGGAACAUACAAUGGUGGGCUGCUGUCAACAGAGGCUGGAACCCUAGCUCGAGUUGUUGCAGAUGGCACAAUUACACUGGCUGGCUACAUGGGUGUAGACAAGCUCCUUAAUGUCACCUUACUCCCUUCACUAUUUAUUUGUAUAGGGUCCAUUGCUGCCACUGUCCUCACAUACAACUCUCUUUUCUAAUAAAUGCAUCAGCUGUAUAUUAGUUAAACAGGUCAUUAAAUUAAUUCAUA